AUGAAGGAUCUGGCGGAUUUGCUCGGCGAUGUUCCAGCGAAAAUUCUAUGGGUGAUCAUCUCAUUUUGCUUCUUCCGCGCUCUUCAAUUCAUCGUUCGCUGGUAUUUGUUCGGCAAAUGGACGUGGCCGAACUUCAACUUCUUCACCCACGUCCGCAAUCGCAUCCGGAGGAAUCGUGGAGGCGCAGAAGUCGUCGAGACGGGCACGACGACGGCCGAGACAGCAGAAGAAGAAGAAGCGGUGGUGGAGAACGAGCAAGAGCCAGAUUCCAGAGAUUUGUUGGCAAUUCCACCGAACAAAAAGUGGCGAAUCUCGAACGAGUGCGUUUCUCUCAUCCAUUCGGUGAUCUCUGGACUAUGGGCCGCCUACGCACUACUGUACUAUAAGGAACUCAUUCAGGAUCUCACCUAUUUCCGGUGUGAAGCCGGUGUUAAUUUGAUUCUCAUGUCCACCGGAUACCUUCUCCACGAUCUCGUUGAUUUAUUGGUCAAUGAGCAAUCCGCCCGCAUCAUUGAGCUCCUCUUCCAUCAUGUCGUCGUGUUGUCGGCGUUUGGAGUGACUAUGUUUAUGAAUCGAUUCCUCGGCGUCGUGAUCUUUGGACUGCUCAUGGAGCUCAACUCGAUCUUCCUUCACUCGCGGAGCUUGUUGAAUUUGUACGGAGUCGACAAAAAGAGUCCGUCGUUCCGAAUGAUCGCACUUCUCAACAUGAUCACACUGUUCGCGUUCCGGCUCUGCGUCUCGGCGUAUUUGCUCUAUUUUGUGUUCACCUCAAUUCCGGACGUCCCAUGGUGGCAAUCACUUAUCAACGGAAUCGUCAUCCUCUCGCUGGCCUCCACGAAUACAGUACUCACUUAUCGAUUAUUGGCUGCUGAUGGGUUGUUGGGCUCACGACGACAACGGAGAACUCCGGCGGCGACGACGGAGACGCAGAUUCAGAAUAUUGAGAGUGGGCCGUUGAGAACGGAAGUUGAUGAUGAUGAACACCACACAAUCGGAGUUCAAACGAUCAGUGGAGCGACGACGGUGCCAUCAGUGGAAGACGCUACUCAAACUGUCUAG